AUGAGUGCGGAUGAGGCAAACCCCGCCGCCACACCCACAGCGUGUGAAGACAUUCAUGGAGAUGGGCGCUGGAUGUCCAUGCAUGAACGUUUUGUGUCUGAUGGCAAAGGAAAGGAGCCUGAGGUUGUUUUUGUUGGAGACUCACUAGUUCAAUUGAUGCAUCAGUUUGGGAUAUGGCGAGAGCUAUUUUCUCCUCUACAUUCCCUUAAUUUUGGAAUUGGUGGUGAUGCAACACAACACGUGCUGUGGAGACUGACUAAUGGUGAACUUGAUAACAUCAGCCCCAAGGUAUUAGUCCUAUGGGUCGGGACAAACAACCAUGGUCACACUGCUGAACAAGUAUUUGGAGGAAUUAUGGCCAUUGUCCAAGUCGUCAAGAACAAGCUCCCGCAGGCUCACACGCUCGUGCUCGGUCUGCUACCUAGAGGUAAAAUGCCAAACCCGCUGCGUGAGAAAAAUGCCAAUGUCAACAAGCUGGUGCAGGAGGCUGUAUCUUCUCUUCCUUAUGCCUCUUUUCUUAAUCUUGACCCCGGGUUUGUGUCCAACAAUGGCUGCAUCUCACAUCAAGACAUGUACGAUUACCUCCACUUGACUCCCAAGGGCUACCAGGCUGUGUGCGCACCUCUGCACGAACAUAUCAAGUCUCUUCUGGAAAAACCCUUAGCGCACUGA